ACAUCAUCAAAACGCGCCGUUGCUUUGGCAACGUUUGUAAUGGUUAGCCUUCCUAUUAGCUGUGUAGCCUUCGCUAACCAUCGAUCUCGAUGCCAAAAAUAAGCUCGGACACAUUAUGGGAGCUGGCUGCGGCGGAGGUCCACAGCCGGGAGAGCGGAGGUGCAGAGGACGGGGACGGUGGAGAGGCUGUGAACGAGCGGACGGUGCUUCUGAUGGGGAGCAAAGCUGGGGGCAAAACGUCCAUUCUCCUCAGGUGCUUGGACAGAGAUGAACUAUCCAAACCAACUCUGGCCUUGGAGUACACUUUUGGCAGACGAGCACGAGGACACAACACGCCCAAAGACAUAGCUCACCUAUGGGAGCUGGGAGGAGGGACCUCUUUGUCAGACCUCGUACAGAUCCCCAUCACUCCUGUCAGCAUCAGCUGUCUCUCAGUCAUCCUCGUCCUGGACCUGUCUAAACCCAAUGCUCUGUGGGGAACAAUGGAGAAGCUACUGCAGGCUGCACAGGCUCACCUAGAGAGAACCUCCUCCCAAGUACAGAAAUCCAAACCCGGAGUCAAACACCAGACUCCCAGCCACUCAGCAGCACGUGUCUUACCUAAAGACUAUCCUGACAGAGAGUUGAUCAGUCCCUUUCCUGUUCCUCUGCUCAUCAUUGGCAGCAAGUACGACAUCUUCCAGGAAUUUGACUCUGACAAGAAGAAAGUUGUCAGUAAAACACUGCGUUUUAUUGCUCAUUACUACGCGGCCUCUCUCGUUUUCACUGGCAUCAAAUCAGAGAGCCUUAUAUCAAAAACCAAGAGCUUCUUCUUACACCUGGCUUUCGGUUUGGAGAGAGGGAAAACUGUUUCCUCUGACCCCCUCAAGCCGCUCAUCAUUCCCGCAGGCUCUGAUUCCUUCGGUCAAAUAGGUUCCCCACCUACUGUCGAUGUGGAUAUAACGUCUCUCCAUGCUAAAAAUCCAAAAGACCUCUGGAAGAAAGUGUAUGAGCGUGUCUUCCCCCCAGAGAGUACAAGUGAGCAGAGAGAGCUAAAGGAUCCAGCCAAAGAUCCUCAGUACAGUGAGCCUCAGAUUGAUGCCAUGAGAGCCCAGAGAGACCAGGAGUUGGAGCAGUAUAAAAGGAAUGCAGCAAAAUCAUGGAAAGGUCUAGAGCUGGAGACAUGAGAUUUCAUCUGCUUUAUUACACACAUACAACAUAUUAUAAUGUACAUAGAGCAUAUAUAUUGUAUUUGUUUACUUUUGUAUUAUAUUUUCUGUUGUACGUUUCUGUAAUUAUAUAAAUAAAUGCUGACAUUUUAAUCAAGUUUAAAAAGAAAAAUAUAGUUUUAGCUUACCAAUAAUAAUUUUUGUUCUUCAAACAAAACAAACAAGUUUAUGUUUUUUUUCUUCCCGGCCAUCAGUGGUACUAGGGUUAAGGUUACCACAAGAAAACUGUACAUGCCAUAAACAUGCAAAUUUUUCAGGUAACACGUUUCGAGUAGUUUACUGAACAUCUGCAGAUGUUUAAGUGUUUUAAUGUACAUGGCUUCAUCCCAGUGAACAGAGA